CACCCUUUAAUUUAAUUUAAUUUCUUUUGUGAUGCUUUCUCUUCCUAUUCCCUCAAAUAUACUCUUUUCCACUAACCCAGCGAACACCGAUUGAACCCUAAUUCAUUCUUCGGUCACAGGCCCAGCACACCUCAGUUUAUGGUUUUUGUUCUCUCCCUCGCAGGCUAAGGCUAUGGCUUCCGACACUACCUCUUCUCGCUCGAGUUCUGCCGCAGAUUCCUACAUUGGCUGCUUGAUCAGCUUGACCUCCAAGAGCGAGAUCAGAUACGAAGGUGUUCUUUACAACAUCAACACCGAUGAGUCCAGUAUUGGCCUCAGAAACGUGCGAUCUUUUGGAACUGAAGGAAGAAAGAAAGAUGGUCCACAGAUUCCUCCAAGUGACAAGGUGUACGAGUAUAUAUUAUUCCGUGGGACUGACAUCAAGGAUUUACAAGUUAAAUCUUCUCCACCUGUCCAGCCUACACCACCAAUAAAUGCUGAUCCAGCUAUUAUUCAGUCUCAGUAUCCUCGCCCAGUCACCAGCACAUCUACAAAUUUACCUCCUGUAACUGGAUCUUUGACAGAUUUUAGUUCUCAAAACACACAGCUAGGACUCCAUGGAUCAAAUUAUCAAGGAACCUUACCUUUAUAUCAACCUGGAGGGAACAUAGGAUCAUGGGGAGCUUCUCCAAAUGCCCCAAAUUCAAAUGGUGGUGGGCUUGCUAUGCCACCAAUGUAUUGGCAGGGAUAUUAUGGUGCUCCAAAUGGGCUACCUCAGUUACAACAGCAAUCUUUGCUUCGACCACCACCUGGGUUAUCGAUGCCUUCAUCUAUGCAACAGCCAAUGCAGUUUCCCAAUUAUAGUCCUUCUUUGCCAGGUGCACCAUCAAAUUUGCCAGAACUCCCAUCAGCUUUGCUCCCAUUGGGUACUAGUUCUGCCAGUGUAACAGCCACUUCUAUACCUCCAUCUAAUCUCCCAUCAACUUUACCCCCAUUGAAUGCUAUUUCUGCUAGUGUGACUGCCACUUCUAUACUUCCAUCUAAUAUGCCAUCAACUUUGCUACCAGCUCCUUCUGCUACUCUUGCACCGGAAGCUUUGACAGUAUCAGUUCCAAACAAUAUUGCUGCUGUUUCGCUACCAGCAGCCCCAGUCACCACUAACCUACCAUCAUUGACUCCUUUUACUAAUGGUGCUCCCGAUAUAGGUGCUAUAGUACCACCAGUCAACAGACCUAAUGCAAUUUCAGGUCCAAGCAUGCUAUAUCAAAAUGCAUCCCCACUAACCCCUGGCCUUGUUGGAUCAUCAAAUUCUAUCCAUAUGGAAGCACCAGCCCCACCUCUGGUAACACCAGGUCAACUGUUGCAGUCUGGACCAACUGUAGUAUCUUCAUCUCAGCCUUCUCAAACUCCUCAUAAGGAUGUUGAGGUGGUUCCUGUGUCAUCAACAUUACCUCCAGAGACAUCUGUGCCAGUUUCUGCUGAAACUCAGCCACCAAUACUGCCACUGCCAGUAACGUCACGACCUAAUCACAGGCCUGGGGGAGCUCCUAUGCAUACUCAACAUGGAUAUGGAUACAGGGGACGUGGAAGUGGAGGUGGAAGAGGAAGGGGGACAGGGGGUUCACGUCCAGUUGCAAAAUUCACUGAAGACUUUGAUUUCAUGGCAAUGAAUGAGAAGUUCAAAAAGGAUGAAGUAUGGGGUCAUCUAGGUAAAAGCAAUAAGUCCCAUUCGAAAGAUAGAGAUGGCGAGGACGCCAGCGAUGAAGAUGAUAGUCAAGAUGAAGACAAUGGUGAUACAUCAAAAAUGGACGUUAAGCCUGUUUAUAACAAGGAUGAUUUCUUCGACAAGCUUUCAUGUAACGCCCUUGAUCAUGACUCGCAAAACGGAAGGGUUAGAUAUUCUGAACAAAUCAAGAUCGAUACUGAGACUUUUGGUGAUUUUUCAAGGCACCGUGGUGGCUGGGGAGGCCGUGGUCCUGGCCGUGGUGGACGCUCUCGAGGCGGUGGUUAUUAUGGAAGGGGUUAUGGUUAUGGCUAUGCUGGAAGAGGAAGGGGACGCGGCAUGCCUAAUCGUCCAUAGGUGGCAGCAAUAGCCAUCUUUUCAUCAAGUCGUGGUGGUGGUGUGGAUCAUAUUCCAAGUCAAGCCACCCACUGAAGCACUGUUUCUUGAGGCUACGCUUCAAUAUGUGUUUUCUCUCUUCCUGUUUGGGCACAUAAUAAGUAGGACAGUUAUUUCUUGUUGUCUAGCCCUCUUGUUAAGUUCUCUACUCAAAUGAUCCUGUCCUGAUGGAAAGGUGUUUCUACCCAUUUUAUUUUUAGUUCAUGAUCAGGAAGAAAGAAAAGUUUAGACUUUAGACUAGUGUCUUGUGAUGCAUUGUUUAUGCAUCUAAACAAUAGCGAUUUUUCAAUUUCAGGGAUGUCUUAUGUUGUAUUGUACUAUUGUUUGCAUUGUAAAUGCAAGUUUCAGGUUUUGUUA